GGCAAAGAUAGCGUCAAAACAACAAACUUAUAUAAAAAGUGCAUGGUCACCGUGGGUCACAGUGAUUACAAUACAUUUAGUAAAAUUCUGCGUAUGUUAUUGAUGCUGAAGAGUCUUCAUUAAAUUAAGUCUGAAUAUGGUUAAAGCAGUUUGUGUGUUGAGUCCUGGCUCUGCACAAGGCAUUACAGGCACCAUCACAUUUACGCAAGAGAAAGCUGGUGCUGCAACUAUUGUGAGUGGUCAAGUGAAAGGACUAGCUCCUGGAAAUCAUGGGUUUCAUAUUCACCAGUUUGGUGACUAUACUAAUGGAUGCAUAAGUGCUGGAGGCCACUUUAAUCCUUGCAAUAAAAAUCACGGAGGUCCAGCUGAUCAAGAGAGGCAUGCUGGAGAUUUGGGCAACAUAGUAGCUGGAGACGAUGGCACAGCUACCAUUGACAUAAAAGACACUCAAAUUCCCCUCAUUGGAGAACAUUCUAUUAUUGGGAGAAGCUUGGUGGUGCACGAGAAAGAAGAUGACUUGGGCAAAGGAGGCAAUGAGGAAAGUUUAAAGACAGGAAACGCCGGUCCUCGUCUGGCCUGUGGUGUCAUUGGUGUGACAGCGGACCUGGUAUCAUCCAGAAUGUAGACGUCUUUUGUGUGUGAUAUGGUUGUCCUAUGAUCAUUGCUAGGGCUGUGUUAGUUGUUUUCUGAUGGUAUCACCAUUCUGGCCUCGUGCCUAACGAUGAUACUGGGAGAAAUCCUUGAUUACAACACUGUACUGCCCAGUCGGUGGCCAUAGGACGACUGGUUGAGAGAUGUAGUUUAGUGUAAGCAAGAGAUGGCAUAGCAUGUUGUGGCACACUUGGCUACAUCUGACAUUUGGAUGCUACUGGUUUCUGUGUGUGACAAAUAAAAUUAAAGAAAUUAUCCCCUA